AACAAAUGCAAAGCACCGACAGUGCAAACCAAAGUCCUCGUUUCGAGCACGCUCCGGUCGUCAAAGCAGUACCAUUGUGCAAGCUAGCAAGGACUCCAUAGUGUUCUAUUGUUGAUAGACUCACAAGCUGGAGGUUGCUACAGUAUUACCUUUCCUGCCUUUCCCCGUGACCUUUCCAAUGUGGAGACACACACACACACACACAAGAGAGCCAAAAGAGAGACGUGAUCAUGCCAUCCUUGACAGCACACCUUCUCCAGGAGGUGGAGGAGCCUCUCCUCACGGCCGCCACCACCAAUCCUUUCCUCGCCGCAGCCGCAACGGCCACUUUGCCACUCACCCAGCUACGCGACUGGUUAGCCCAAGAUCGGCUCUACGCCCUGUCAUACGUAAACUUCAUAGGCGACCUGCUCGCACGGCUGCGUCUGCCCAGCUCUGUCGACCGCGUGGCCUCGCUGCAAUGGCGUAUCGCCGAUCAGCUCAUCGAUUGCCUCACGAAUAUCCGGAGGGAGCUCGCCCUGUUCGAGGACACCGCCGCUGCAGAAGGUUGGCUCGAGGACAUCUGUGACCCGCGCCCUGCACAAGCAACGCGUUGCUAUCAAGAUCUGUUCGCCGGUGCGACGAGCAUGGGUCGCCCCGUGCUCGUAGGGCUGGUUAUCCUGUGGGCCUCAGAGGAGUGUUAUCUACGCGCCUGGCGAUUCGCCUCCAGUCACAUCGAUUCUAGCAUCGCUGAAGCUGAUCGCGAUGUGAUGCAGAGAGUAUUCAUUCCGAACUGGAGCUCCGAGGAGUUUGCGAAAUUCGUAGGGAACAUUCGUGCUCUUGUCGAUGAACUGAGUAAGAUUUAGCUGCGCCGAGGUCAUCUUCGCGCGUUCUUCCUCCAUCGCUAUGCCGUUCGACCUUUUAGCAGUCGUAGUGUGUCUACUAAUGUGAUUCUUUUUUCUCCAGGUGAUGAUGCUCAAAUCGGGCACGACGACUGGCUCUUCAAGGAGUGUGAGAUAGCAUAUCGGCAAGUUCUCUUUGUAGAAGACGAGUUCUGGCCGGCCCUCGCGUA